AUGGAGGGCAAGCGCAAUAUUGUCAUCGUUGGUGGUGGUAUUAUCGGUUCUACAACGGCUUAUUACCUCACCCGGCACCCAAAGUUUAACCCGGCUUUGCACACCAUAACGGUGCUGGAGGCGGCUCCGGCCAUCGCAACUGGAGCGUCUGGAAAGGCAGGAGGUCUACUCGCCCUGUGGGCAUACCCAGAUUGUCUUGUCCCGCUAUCGUACAAACUGCACGCCGAGCUGGCAGCAGAGCACGAUGGGGUCAAGAGAUGGGGCUAUCGAAAGCUGGGUUGCGGGAGCAUCGAAGUCACGGUAUCUAAGAAACGCCUUGAGCAGCUGCAACAGGCCAAUGGCGAGGGCAAGACUUGGGAGAAGCUCCCGAAGCAGGACGCGGCGGCGAAGGGCCUGCUAGAAGAGAGCAACUUCCCGAGUGAUUUCGACUAUGUGGACCGAGAAAUUGUCGAGACUUGGGCGGAGAUGGGCUCGCCUGGCGCGACCGAGACAGCCCAGGUUCACCCGCAUCACUUCACCACUUCAAUUGCCGAGCUCGCUCGGGGCGCCGGCGUCCAGAUCAAAACGAACUCCAAGGUCACCAAGCUCAAGUCAUCGCCGGCGGGAGUCGAGGGAGUCGAAUAUCUUGACCGCAAAGACAACACCACGAAUGAGAUCCAGGAGGUAACGGACAUCGUGGUGGCUGCUGGACCCUGGACGGGAGUGGUGCUCCCACAGGCCAAGGUGGAAGGCCUGAGAGCGCACAGUGUCGUGUACGAGGCCGAGGUCAGCCCAUACGCGGUAUUCACAGACAUCGAGCUCCCGUCCAACUACAUACCCGAACACCGAGCGAAGAUGGGCCAGAAACGGAAACACAAGGGACGCGUUGACCCGGAGAUCUACGCUCGGCCUUUCGGAGAAGUAUAUGCUUGUGGCGAGCCUGAUACGGCAAUUCCCUUACCAGAAACUGCUGAUCAAGUUGAGUGCGACGAAUCCCAAUGUGACGACAUCAUCUCCUAUAUCGGCACGAUCAGCUCCGUCCUGGGUGCUGCUCCUAUUAAGGCAAAGCAGGCCUGCUACCUUCCCCGGCAUAUGCGAUUUGGCCAGGAAAGCGGACCGUUGAUUGGAAAAACCAAAAUUCCCGGAUUGUACGUCGCGAGUGGGCACACGUGCUGGGGAAUCCAAAACGGCCCUGCAACGGGUAAGCUCAUGUCUGAGUUCAUCUUUGACGGUGAUGCUCAAAGUACCGACAAGAAGAAGCGCCGCUCGAAGAGCCAGCCCAUCCGGCAAUCAAACCGCCUCAAGAAGCCCGUCAACCCGCUCGGCAAUAAUACCAUCGCAGCCAACUGGGACAAGAAGCAGACCCUGGCGCAAAACUACAAACGCCUCGGACUCACGGCGCGGUUAAAGGGCCCUACGGGCGGCACCGAGAAGACGCUGGGCGUCAAGGAGACAUUCGGCCCCUCGGACCCCCUCUCCAUCAACGGCUCCGGGUCGACGGGCAAGGCGCUGGACGUGGCGAGGGUGGAGAGGGACGCCGACGGCAAGAUUGUCCGCGUGAUCGGCCGGGCGCCCAACCCGCUCGGCGACCCUUUGAACGAGCUCGACUCGGACUCGGAGAUGGAUGACGGCGAGGCGGAGGAGCACGAGGAAUGGGGCGGUAUCCAGGAGAACGGGAGGGAGACCGAGGUGGUCAAGUCGCUGAUCCAGGAGGCCCGCAACCCCGCGCCCAAGAAGAAGAGGUAUCAGAGCGAGCAGGAGAGGGAGUGGCUGGAGAAGCUGGUCGGCAAGUAUGGAGAUGACACGAGGGCCAUGGCGAAGGAUCGCAAGUUGAACCCCAUGCAGCAGACGGAGGCGGACAUUAGGAGGAGAAUCAACAAGAUGAAUGCUUAG